AGGGCUGUGGAGUGAUCUGUGAUCCAGUACCUGAAGGGCGCCUACGAGAAAAAUGGAGAGGAACUUCUGACAGGGACAAGGGGGAAUGAUUCCAGCUGAAAGAGACCAGGAUAAUCUUCAAGGGUGGAUGACAGAACCAACCAGCCUUUCUGCAGGUGCAGAAGAGAAAAGAGAGAGUGUUCCCACACAGCUGAUGAAGCAUAAAAAUGAAGUUGGUGUUGCUUCUGAGGAACUUGGCUCAUCAAAUGCAGCUGCAGACCAGAAAGAGCAACCUACAUCAGAAAUAAGACAAGACUGUAUAUACAGAAGUAGUGGAAGACCUGAGAAGACAGAUAUGAUUAAGUCUUCUGUGAUGGAUCAGGGUGCAUCUAGAAACUGUGAACUAUACUUACCUGUGUCUAGUAAUCGUUCAGCAGUGGAGUCAUCUGAGGAGAGCGAGGAGGACAUGUAUCGUGAUGAAGAAGAAAUAGAGAGAGAGAAAAUACUACUUUGUGAAACAAACUCAUCAGAAUAUAAACUGAGUGUUUCACCUGAAAUGGACAUCAUGGAGUAUUGCAGAAAGGAAUGGAGAGGAAAUACACCAGCAGCAAAAAGGAUGAGAAAGGGAUAUGAAGCAGUUGCUCAGAAGUUUGCAUCUAUAAGGAGAAUACGAGGUGAUAACUAUUGUGCUUUCAGAGCAACUCUUUUCCAGGCAUUAAGCCAAGCUACCCAGUUACCACCGUGGCUACAGAGUGAGGAUUUUACUAUGCUACCUGAAAACUUGUUGAGCAAGUAUGACUGGAUCAAGCAGUGGCAGCUCAGACAGAAACCUGGCAAGAGGAUGGGAGAAAUAAGUGAUGAAAUAAAAGAGUAUUUAAUACUUCUAAGGAAAAAGUGGAAGAAUAUAAGUGAUAUAAAGGGUCCCCUUGAGAAACAGGAAGCUUGUGAUAAAUUGUUUAAAAAUGAAGAGGAGGAGUACAGUCUCUAUGAAGCACUGAAGUUUUUGAUGCUUAACACUGCCAUUGAAUUAUACAACGCCGAUAAAAGUGGAAGAAGAGUGCCUGUCUUCUCCUGGCUCCUGUUUGCACGGGAUACAUCCAGCAACCCUUGUCAGUUAAUGCAUAAUCACUUGAAUCAUAUUGGCCACAGUGGAGGCCUUGAACAAGUGGAAAUGUUUCUUCUUGCUUAUGCUCUGCAGUAUACCAUCCAAGUGUACCGACUCUAUAAAUACAGCACCGAUGAGUUCAUCACACUUUACCCCAAUGACCCGGAGGAGGACUGGCCUGUGGUGACUCUCAUAACUGAAGAUGACAGACAUUACAAUAUUCCAGUCAGAAUGUGCCAAGAGACGAUGCUGUGAACAAGUAACUUUUGGCACACAAACCUGUGCUGCUUAUGGAGGUUUCCCAUGCUAUUUUGAAACAGGACAAUGACAAAAUCCAUGUGAUUAAAUCAACAACUUGAAAUCUGUGUUUUGGAAGUUGAUAUCUGAAAUAAAGUAUCAAACAGGUACUAUCUAAAAUAGUAAAAGUUUGGUAAGCGUGGCUUUGUUUUCCAUUAAUAAAAAAAAAGGAAGUUUUUGUAGUCCUUUUUUUGAAGGACUUACUCUGAAUAAAAUUGCCAAAACUAUAGAUUUAUUCCUUUUAUUUCUUUUAGUGAGGCUCUGUGGUAAGACAUGAGCUGACUUUUUGCUGCCCAGAAUAAUGGCAAUUGGAAUUUCUGGGAAAGUAAGGUGGCACUGUCUUGGCAGAUGUUUAUAAUAGUGCUUAGAAGCCAUUUAUACAAAAUUGGGUCGUGGGAAGUAAUACCAUUCUUUUGCAGUUGGAAUUUAAUGCCUGCCAUGGUUUAUGCUAUAAGAGAGAUGUUACUGAAGGUUUUCUAAUGCUUUGGGUUGUUUUUGCCUAUAUAAGUGUCUCUUACUUAGAAGCCAGCUA